CCUGAGAUGAUUAAAAGGCUUUUGUUUAAAACAGAUCAGGGCGCCGGCAACUUAGCUGAAUGUGGUCUUAAAAAAACUGAGACUUAUCAGAGACUGAGAGGAAUCUUUCUAGGCUAGAGAGCCCCUGGGCCGCGCCUGGCUUGCCGGGCUACCGGUGGCGACCGUGAGGCGCGGGCAGGAAGGACUAUGAGUUGGGGCGCCAGGGCCAGGCUGGGCUGAUGUGGCCAUGGGAAGCAGCAGGAUCUCCCGGAAACGUUUAUACUUCAAGGCGCUGUGGAAUGGGGGAUGUAUUUGAAGCAAACGGGCUUUGCGUUUGACGGAACCUGGCCGCCCUUCCAAGUUGCCCGCUGGUUUUGAGGUGCGGAGUUUGAUUCUGGCAUCAGCUCUCAGAAGCAGUUUAUUCGUUGCAUGCCCUCCACGCCUCAGCAAAGCCCCUGACAUUGGAGAGCUCCUGUGCCCCGGUCCGCGGUUCAAAAGGGAGGUGACAGGACUCCAGGACAUGGGCUGCUCUGAGGGAGGAUGGCUGCCCCUUCCCCCCUCCUCCCCGAAGUUCAUUGUGAAGAGCCUGCAGACCUCAGAAUUAGCGCCGGCCUCCUGGACUUGCUGUCUCCCGCUCUCCAAACCCUGGUCCAAAGGCCGUAGGGGGUUGCUCGCCUGCUCACCCCUUCGUCCCUUCGUCCCCUCGUCCCCUCGCCCGCCGGGCUGGCCGCCCGCCUCCAGGAGCUGGCAUCUGCUUUUGCGCAGAGGCUGGGGCGCCAUGAGCCCCCGGCGAGGCGCCAGAGAGAGACUCUGGUGAUCCCCGCGGGUAUCCCCGGCUCCGCUUGUCUGGCCACGGGUCCAGCUUAGCUACAGUGAAGUGACCUUUCCCGGGGCUGAACCGGAGCCUCAGUCUACUUAGGGUGAGAACUCCUCUUCCCAAAUGUCGUUGCGUUCCUCCCUAGGCGGCCCCAGCGGCGGCGCAUCUGGCUGUGUCGGGGCCCCUUGGCCUUGGCUGGCAGUCGCUGGCGACCCACGGCUGCUCAGCGGUCUGCAGUUCUUUCCUCCCGGCAGCGCCCAAGAUAUACCAGACAAGGGAUAGGGGAUCGGAAGAGGACCUCUGGGAACUGAUGACAUGCCCCCACCCCAGACACACUGUUCAGAGCGUUUGGAGCUUGGGGAGGGUGGCCUGGGAUCCUGUGGCGCGGCGCCGCCGGCGCCGAAGUCUCAGACUCUGAAGUGGAGGGAAAAUGCUCGAAGUAGCAGUCUUUUGUGUCUGUACAGACAGAGGCUCUCUGGCCGCCGGCCCUUUUGCACGUCUCCGUAGACCCCUUAUCAUGUUUCUGGUAGCCUCCACAUUUCCCUCCUCGAUUUCUUUUCGCCUUGGCCGGGUGGUGCACAGUGUAACCCGGAGGAGUGCCCUAGGGAGGCAGCUUUUAAUUUGUUCCCGUUUAUUCUGCCCCAAAUAGUGACACAGCCCUGAGGUGUCUUAGGGUCCUAAUCCAGGGUGACCCUAGAAGCCCUCAGGCCCAAGACCUCAGCUUAUCUUCCCAGAAACAAGAGUGCAGAUGCAAGCCACUUUUUUUUAUAUUACAAAUGCUAUUUUCUUGCUAAAGCGACCCUUUUGAUUUUUCUCUGAAAAGAACUGUGCCAGGGAGAAGGGUGUCUUGGUACAAACAUGGGUAUUCAUCUCCUUUAUGGUGCAAUAUUGAUUUAUUAUUAAUGGUAACUGCUCCAACUGAUCUAAAGAUGAUCGAAAACAGCAGCUACAUUAAAUACUCAUAAGCGAAGUAAAGGCUGGCCUUUAGAGCCACCACCUUUUCAUUCUAUUUGUUUCAUCUCAGCCUUAGGGUCUUAGGCACCCUUUCCAUCCUCUGGGGCUCAGAUCAUUGUUUUGCAUUAUUUCUAUCUUGCUCAAUUUUUUAUGAUAAUAUCUCUCAAAUUAUUGGCAGUCUCUGGCCUCAAAAGGCAGAUUUGAAGGCAAAAAUUUGAAAGAGAAAAAAAUAUAAUUUGUGAGAACAGAUUUGAAAUUAUAUCUGAUAUGCACACUUUUUUUUCUGUGAAUGAAUAAUUCCUAUUUAAAACCUAGUCCAACAGGGGGGUGACUUUGAGCUCAAAGCCACUGAGAGCUGAAAUGAAAAGGCCUCCAAAUUCAGAAGGCACAUCCUGCAUGUCCUGGCUCACUGCAGACAUACCUGCGGCAAGGAAUUGCUUGUCUUUAGGCUGCAUGUUUUCUUCAUGUAUAAAUAAAGAUUAUAAAAGGGCAUUUGAUGGGCAUAAAAUUCUUGAUUAGAUUGAACAGUGUUGCCUCACUUGGGAUAGCGAAAAUUGGGCAAAUGAGCUCCGGGCAGUUUUCCUGGCUGCAAGGCAAAGGGAAGACACUGCUGGAGCACCAAGCUGACUUUAGGACGCCUGCCGCAAGCGAGCGCAGCGGGCACUUUGUACGACCCUGGGAAUGCCCAGCCGUGGCUUAGUACAAUAUGUCCACAAUGUGAGAAAGCAAAUUUCAGAGCACUGAUCAGUGGCUGUUAGCCUUAAAGAAGACCUUAGAAGCCUAGAGUUAAAAGCUAGGUUUUUUUUUUUUCCCUGCCUUCCUCAACCCCCACCCACAAGCUUAAAAACUGCCACCUCUGUGGAAAGGUAAUGUUUAAACCUUGGGCUACGCUGGGAUGCGGCAGCCAAAGCAGUUAGAGGCGCCAGGCUUUUAACCUGACAAUGAUGUUGUAUUUGAACAGCUGCGUAAAGGUUUAAAAGGUCUGUCUCAUUGCCACCGUGGAGUUUUUUAAAAGGGGUUAUUGUUUGGGCGAGGGCACUGAGAGAGGACAAGCGAAGGGGUCCCAAGGCUGAAAAUAGUGUUCAAUGACUGUUUCCACCAGGCCAGGGGAGAUUUCUUUUGGGGAAGGGGGACAAAGGGUUUGUUUCAAAAUGUUUCUGUGAAGGAGCAGGCAGGCUACUAGGACCCCCAGAAUGCUGAGGCAAUUUAAUGAGCAUCAGGCUCCCAAAGAAAAAUGUUCUGCUGAGGCGGAAACCCGAUUUGCCCACAAGUUCAGUCUCUGGGCCUGAAAUCCAAGGCCAGUCCAUGCCCACGCGAUUGUGGGGAAAAGAGAACAACAGAUACCUUCCCCAGACUGAAAACUGGUUCACGGUCAGGGUUUCUGGGGCUGUUUUACUUUUUUGGCUGGCAGGAAGGGGACCCAGAUGGCCGAAGGAUGGCUCCUGAGCCCUGGCCAGCCCCUCGCCCAGGGCAGGUCUUUGGAAAUCAAGGUUAAAGCUCCCUGCUGCUGUCCUGAGGACUGGGCUUCCGCAGGGCGGCUCACCCGCCUGCAACCAGAGAAGGAGGGAGGAAGUUGUUGAAGUUUCUCGUAAAACUCUGAGUUUCCAUGGUGGUGGCGGUGGUUCUUUAAUGAGCUGGACCACAACCCCAGACCAUAUCCUCUUUAUAGAACGGUCCACUCACCAAAGGAAACAGAGGACUAAGAUUCUCCCACCUCCUUCCUCUCCCUUACCCAAACAAAACUUUGUCAAAUAAUUUUAGGAAUUGUCCAAAACUAUAAAACUCAACUUCUGACAAAAGAAUAGCUUUUAAUAUUUGACAAUUUGUGUUAAAACAAAAAUUGACCUCUUUGGUUAGUAGUGAAGGGGAAAAAUCAAUAGUAUAAUUUUCAAUAAUUCAUAAAGCGAACGCCAUUAUGCUAAAUCUUAACUAUUAAUCUUAUCCUUUACAAAGUCUCGAUUGAUUUGUUAAUAAAAUAUCUUCCCGUGUGUAGCAACAACGGGUAUAACUCUUUAAAAACCUUCAGAAGCAAGAAAAUUACCAAGUAGCCCAAGAAUGUAGAUGAGAAUUUUAUUGAUCGCCCUGAUUCUUCUUAAUAUGUAUUAAUAAAUCCCACAACCUUUUGUACCUUGCACUUGUCAGAAACCAAUGCUUUUACAAAAUCCAUAAAAGGAAAACAUAUUUUUUUUGCAGAAGAACCAAAUGACAUCUUUGCUUUUCUCUCUCUCUUGCUUGGCCCAGUCAGUUUUCUAAAACUUCUGGAGUCUGAGGGUCAGAGUUUUCCCCUUUUCUUUAAAUUUUUUUCUUUAUUUCUUCCUUCCUUCCUUCCUCUCUGCCCUCUUAUUAGCAGGGUGUGUGGGCAAAAGAGGAAAACCUCGGUUUAGUUCACCCGAUGGAGCCGAAGGGACGCUUUGGCAGAUAGUGCGUGGCUGGCGAAAGAUUGUCUCUGGGCUGAAAGCUCCCAGCGGAGCGCGGCCCCGCAGAGGUCUGGGUGUGGUUCCAUUGAGAGCCGAAGGCUCACGUUGCCCGCCGGGGAGCGGAGGGUCCGGGAGCCAAGGCAGGAGGGCCUAAGGACAGGACAACGCCCAGACCGGCCAGUCCUCGGGAUCCGGGCCGGCCAGCUGCUUGGCCUCUCGGUCCUCACGACCCUUUUCUCCUCCGCUCCCCAGGACACCUUGGCCGCCUCUUUGCACAAGGGAUCUUUCCUUUGGACUCUUAGGGUGGGAUGUCUUAGGGCCCGCCGAAUCCGACUCACCUUCCCUGGCUGCCCGGGACUAAAUUAACCAUCCUUCGCCCCCACCCUCUGUCCUGGACCCGGCCCGCUUGGACGCGUUCUGCCUGGGUGUGUGCUGGGGGAUGCUUCUGUGUGCUGGCGCCGGGGCACUAUGGCUUUUCUCCCCAUCCGUGCGUGUCCACCAAGAGGCCCCUCAGGCCGAGCCUUUCCUUCCGCUGGCGGGGCCCAGUGGCCAGGGCAGGGGACCCGAGUGGGUGGGCGGGCCGAGCAAGCCCGGGGAAAGCGGGCAGGCAAGCGGCGGAGAGCGCUGGGCCGGUUGUCUCCAGCGCGCACUAUCACGGGCGCGUAGUAGAUGUCGCUGUUGUCCGUGCUUACGCGGCCGGCCGGCCGAGCUCUGGAGCACGUGACCUGCGAGGAGGCUGCGGCUCAAGGCCAUUUUCAAAUCUCAUUGGCUUGGUUGUCAUGUGGUCGGCAGAGGCAUCCACAAUUACACGGGGAAUGUUUUCCUAGAGAUGUCAGCCUACAAAGGACACAAUCUCUCUUCUUCAAAUUCCUCCCCAAAAUGUCCUUUCCCAACAGCUCUCCUGCUGCUAAUACUUUUUUAGUAGAUUCCUUGAUCAGUGCCUGCAGGAGUGACAGUUUUUAUUCGAGCAGCGCCAGCAUGUACAUGCCACCACCUAGCGCAGACAUGGGGACCUAUGGAAUGCAAACCUGUGGACUGCUCCCGUCUCUGGCCAAAAGAGAAGUGAACCACCAAAAUAUGGGUAUGAAUGUGCAUCCUUAUAUACCUCAAGUAGACAGUUGGACAGACCCGAACAGAUCUUGUCGAAUAGAGCAACCUGUUACACAGCAAGUCCCCACUUGCUCCUUCACCACCAACAUUAAGGAAGAAUCCAAUUGCUGCAUGUAUUCUGAUAAGCGCAACAAACUCAUUUCGGCCGAGGUCCCUUCGUACCAGAGGCUGGUCCCUGAGUCCUGUCCCGUUGAGAACCCCGAGGUUCCCGUCCCUGGAUAUUUUAGACUGAGUCAGACCUACGCCACCGGGAAAACCCAAGAGUACAAUAACAGCCCCGAAGGCAGCUCCACUGUCAUGCUCCAGCUCAACCCUCGUGGCGCGGCCAAGCCGCAGCUCUCGGCUGCCCAGCUGCAGAUGGAAAAGAAGAUGAACGAGCCCGCCAGCGGCCAGGAGCCCACCAAAGUCUCCCAGGUGGAGAGCCCCGAGGCUAAAGGUGGCCUUCCCGAAGAGAGGAGCUGCCUGGCUGAGGUCUCCGUGUCCAGUCCAGAAGUACAGGAGAAGGAAAGCAAAGAGGAAAUCAAGUCUGAUACUCCAACCAGCAAUUGGCUCACUGCAAAGAGUGGCAGAAAGAAGAGGUGCCCUUACACUAAGCACCAAACGCUGGAAUUAGAAAAAGAGUUCUUGUUCAAUAUGUACCUCACCCGCGAGCGCCGCCUAGAGAUCAGUAAGAGCGUUAACCUCACCGACAGGCAGGUCAAGAUUUGGUUUCAAAACCGCCGAAUGAAACUCAAGAAGAUGAGCCGAGAGAACCGGAUCCGAGAACUGACCGCCAACCUCACGUUUUCUUAGGUCCGAAGCCGGUCGGAGGCCAGAAUCGGAGAGGGGGCACCGCGUUCCAGGGCCGAGUGCUGGAGGACUGGGAAGGCGGAAACAAAACCUUCAUCGCUCUUUGUUUUUUGUUUUGUUUUGUUUUCCUGCUAGAAUGUGACUUUGGGGUCAUUCUGUUCGUGCUGCAAGUGAUCUGUAAUCCCUAUGAGUAUAUAUAUAUUAAAAAAUUUAGCACGUGUAAUUUAUUAUUUUUUCAUCGUAAUGCAGGGUAACUAUUAACUGCGCAUUUUCAUUUGGGUCUUAACUUAUUGGAACUGUAGAGCAUCCAUCCAUCUAUCCAGCAAUGUGACUUUUUCAUGUCUUUCCUAACACAAAAUGUCUGUGUGUGUGGUUAGCCCAUGAACUCAUGGCAUUUUGAAUACAUCCAGUACUUUCAAAAUGACAUAUAUAUUUAAAAAAGAUUAAGAAAACCCACAAGCUUGGGGGGGAGGGGGAUUUAAAAAGCACAUUACAAUGUAUCUUUUCACAAAUAAGCUUAGCAAUUGUCCUUGGUGAGAUGGAAUAUUGACGACUUAUGCCUUGUAGCCUUUCCCUUGUGGUGCAUCUGUGGUUUGGUAGAAGUACAACAGCAACCUGUCCUUUCUGUGCAUGUUCUGGUAGCAUGUAUAAUGCAAUAAACUCUGGAAACGAGUUC